GUUGAAAUAUUUCAAACAGAUCUCAGUCCAGGCGAAUGUUGUGAUACACAGAGUGAGGUACAUUAGUGAAAGGUGCACGUCUGCUCAGUAGGGGGAAGAGAUCUUUUUGCGGAUUGUCUUCGCAAGGAUUCUGGAUAAACGUUUUCCUAGAAGUGUUCUGGAAUUUGAACCUGGACAAGUGUGUUUGGUACAACAUGGUUUAAAUUAAAGGCAUGUGAAGUCUUGUUUUUACUGAAAGUUUGAAUGUGGGCGAAGACGAUACUUGAUGUGAAGUCGGGAUAAAAAGACGUCACUACGAUUUCAAUGCAGGUAAAUUCACGUUAAUUAAAGAUUGUUUCAGCCAGGUAGUCAACCGAUUCACAGUGAUUCUUCGGCGCAUUAAUAUGCAGUGACAUCAACGCCUUGCGCGUGGUAAUAAAACUGUUGUUUGCUUAAUUAGCCUAUGAAUUUCUUGAUGCGCUGAGGGAAAUUGGCCAUUCGGGAUCGUUUGGAUUGCUUGUCACGUGAUUGAUUUAUACACACUCCGGACAUUAACGACUGAAGUGUCACGUCCAAAAAAAACAAAAAAACCCACUGGACUUAAAGUCUAUACGGAACAGGCGACAGGUGAUGAUCUACAUAAAUUCACGGACUACCGGAUUACUUGAUGUACAGUGAUAUGAUAAUUUUUUCCGGACAUUAACGACUGAGUUGUCACGUCAAAAGAACGGACUAAACGUUUAUACGGAACAUGUGACGGGUGUUGAUCUACAGGAUUUUGUAUUCAAUGAAUUGAUCAUUUGAUCGAAAAAAAAACACAACAAAAACCACGGAAUAUAUCAUAUACGUCAAAGGAUUAUCAUAAAGUUGAGAGCGCCGAGAGGAAAGACGCAGAAUUGAGUGGAUUAGCACACAGCCUUAUCUUCCCCGUUUGAUAACCUAAAUAAGACGUCUUCAUAUAAUGAAGUUUAACAGCGCCUUGUCUACGGAUUAAAUAUUGUAACAUCUUCUUCUGGAAGCGAAUUUAGUUUUACUGAUUGGAUAUACACGUACCUCAACGAUGGCGUGGAACUAUUACAUUGGGGUGUUUGUUUUGGUGAUCUUGACCUCAAGCGUCUGUCAGGGGAGAUCACUGUGGGAGGAGAUACAAAAAGAAACUAGCGUCAGAUGGGUUGCUAAGUUCAUCGACAGGAAGGGAUUGAGCGCGUUGUUCAAGAUGCCCAACGUAACGGUGUUCCUGCCCAGCAGCGAGGCGUACUUCGCCUACAACCCGUCUCAACACAGCUACGACAAGACCAACAACUCAUUGUGGAGAAGCAUCUUUUUAUACUCGUCUGUUGAUGGAAUCAUUUAUUUGAGUAAACUAAAAGACCAGAAAAGGAUAUACAGUCGACUGACCAACAAGAAGUUGUACUUCAACAUCUUCAGCCAAGGAGACAAAAAGAUCAUCACCAUCAACGGAGCAAGAAUUAUUAAAGGGGACAUAACCGCUGACAAUGGAGUGCUACAUAUUAUUGACAGAUUUAUCUCCCCUAUUGAAAGUAACGCGACACUGGCAGAGUAUUUGGAAAAACCGUUGAUCAACCAUUUUAAAUUCACGUCGAUCGUCAAGGCAAAGAUCGUGGUGCCCAAGUUAGGCGCAGAGACCAGAAAUCGCAGUCUAUUCUUUACGUCCUUCACCCCGUCUGACAACUUCCUGUUGCCUAUGCCGGAAUACGGAAAAGAUUUACUUUUCAGCGAUUGGGAUCAGCUGAUAAAGGUCUAUAAAGCACAUUUGAUACCAUACCAAGUUACCUUCCUUCCCAGUGUGGGUGAUGUUCCUGAUGUCGAGUCCUUGCAUGGCACGCUUAAAUUUUCACGCUUUAAUGGGGAGAUGUACAUCUCCAACAAUCAGGUGAAGGCCAAGGUCAUACAAGCGAACAUUCCAGUUGCUAAUGGCGUACUACACGUCAUUGACAAUCUCCUCUACUUCAAAUACCAGAACAUCAUACAGAAAGUUCAAACAACACAGGGUGCAAGCAAAAUGUCGGAACUACUUUCUCGACUACCUAACGAUGUCCUGGAGCGCCUCUCCACCCUAAACAACAACUACACACUGUUCGUCCCCACUGACUGGGCGUUCGGGAAAAUCCCCAUCUCGCGGCAGCGGCAGAUGGAAGGAUCAGAUUCUGCAAGUCAGCACUUCUUACAAAAUUUGCUGUAUGGACACAUAGUCCCGGGGCACAUUCUAAACUCUGAAGAUCUGUCCCAUAACCAGAAGUUAACAACAUUUGACAACAGAACUAUCCGAGUUGUUAACAUCAAUGGAGAGACGUUUCUGGAGACGUCAUUGAUGCGGGCGCAGUUAGAGGUGUCGAACAUCGGCUGCACCAACGGCAUCAUCCACCUUGUCAGCAACGUGCUGUUCUACCACAACUUCUCUCUGUGGGAAGCCAUCGGCAACAUUCCACUCGUCAGCAUUAUGCAUUCGUUUGCCCUGAGAUACCCGGAUGUUGAGACUGCCCUGACAUCCUCCUCCUCUGGACCAAUGACAGUCUUCAUAGCAUCCAAUGCGGUCCUGCAGUCUGCUGGCAAAAUCGCCUUGGAAACGCUCAAGUCAUACCCACACAUUGUCCAGCAGGCUCUUCGUGGACAGAUAGCACAAGGCCUGUUCAGUUCCUCGUCUAUAGAACGCGAUGUGGAAGUGGAAACGAUGGCCGGCCGCAACCUGUCAAUCUUUAAGGAACAAGUCACGUAUAAACCCACUAUCGGGGUGGUGGGGAGUCACGUUAAGGCUCACGUGAUGGUGCAGGACAUCUGGUGUUCUAACGGAAUCCUGCACAUUGUCGAUGACAUCCUGCACGUGCCCAUCCGAAGCAUCAUGGAGGAGUUGGAGAGAAGACCGUCACUCAGCGUGACUCAGGCAAUGUUUAAAACGAGGAAGAACAUAUCACGUGAGCUGUCGGACAUGACUCACAGAUUCACGGUUUUCAUCCCGCACAAUGACGCAUAUGCCAAACUGCCGUGGAACACAGUGGACGGGCUGCUAGGGGAACCUCUGUGGCUGGAAAAGCUGAUGAACGCUCACAUUGUGAAAGGUGAGGCGAAAUACAUCGAAGAUCUGGCCGACAGACAGAUGCUUAUCGCCAAGGAGAACACAAUUCAUAUCGUGAAGAAGAACGGGCAAGUUUAUGUGAUCAAUAACAAUAUCUGGGCAAGAGUUGUCACCCCUAAUAUUCCAACAGCCAAUGGGAACAUCCAUGUGAUAGACAGACUGUUGUAUGUGCCCCAGGAAACCAUAGAGGAAGCACUCGAGAAUAUGGAAGAACUAAGCAUCUUCAUGGACUUGAUGUCACAAGUUCCAGAUUUCCUUACCACCAUUCACAUGACAGGGAGAAAUUUAACGAUAUUCGCACCGUCUAGCGAAUAUUUCAAAUCUGUACCCAAGGACAGACUGACUAAAAUGAUGAAGAAACAGCACGUUUUACAAAAGCUAUACGCGGGUCACGUGUUGCCGUCUGUUCGUCUGGACGAUGUGUUCUUCAGAACGUAUGAAGAUGAGGAUUAUGUGUCGCUCAGUCAGAUGAACACGACCUUCACCCUCAAACGAGAACACAAUGGUGCAUUUAUAGACGUGGGAUUUGAAUCACAGGAAGUGGAUUUGAUUGGUCGAGGCUAUGGCUGUACAAAUGGAAUCAUUUACAUAAUAGAUGGAUUGCUGAACUACUCGCCGUAUACGAUCAAAGAACGACUCCAAAGUUACCCUAAUGUCCAGAAAUCGUUUGGUCAGUUGGAGGAAAUUGGUGGUCAGCUAGCGACGGACGUGCUGUCGUACGAUGAUAUGACCUUCACCUUCUUCGUGCCCACUGACACCGCGCUGCAUGAACUCACCUUUCCAGACUUCGCAUCACUUCGCAACUUCCCUCUGUACGAAGGAUUAAAAGUGUUCUGGCGGCAUGCAGUCAAUGGCAGUGUCAUACCGUUCAGAGAGUUGAGGCACGGACAGUUCAGGCCAAGCAUUCUGCCACCAGAGGUCACUCUAGAAACGAGCAUUGAAGGCGUGUUCUUGAGAUGGAAGCACCUGAAGUCACGAGUGAUUCACUGGAAUGUCUGUGCCUCCAAUGGUAUCAUCCAUGUCAUAGACAAGUUCCUCUUUACGACGUCGGACCCAACGUCACCCGUGCCACGCUCCACGCAAUCCCCGAGGACUAUCCCGCUCUCAGACGAUAUUAUUAGAGGCAUCUCAAAAGGACGUUGCCACUCAUCAGAACAAUAUUUGAUGUGGUUUUCAGUUUUAAUCUUAUUCCUAUGGCUUGGAGUGUAGCAGAGUCGGUCAGAACAAUAUUUGAUGUGGUUUUCAGUUUUAAUGUUAUUCCUAUGGCUUGGAGUGUAGCAGAGUCGGUCAGAACAAUAUUUAGUGUGUGAAAAACGAAAAACUAAGGGUCUUGUCAUAUGUCAGAACGAUAUUCGAUGUGUAAAAAACUAAGGGUGUUGUCAUACAUCACAACGAUAUUCGAUGUGUAAAAAACUAAGGGUGUUGCCAUACAUUACAACGAUAUUUGAUGUUUGCAAAAUUAGGAACUAAGGGUGUUGUCAUACAACAGAAUGAUAUUUGAUGUGUGAAGAAUGAAAAACUAAGGGUGUUGUCAUACAUCAGAACAAUAUUUGAUGUUUGAAAAACUAAGGGUGUUGCCAUAUGUCAGAACAAUAUUUGUUGUGGUUUACAGUUUUAAUGUUAUUCUUAUGCUUUGGAGUGUAGCAGCUGAGUCAGUCGAGCGUGACAAACUAAAGGUGUUGAUAUACAUCGGAACAAUAUUUGAUAUGUUUUUCAGUUUUACUUUUCUUCCAUUGGUUUCGAGUGUAGCAGCUACAGUCAGUCAAGCGUGAAAAACUAAGGGUGUUGCCAUACAUGGAACAAUAUUUGAUAUGUUUUACAGUCUUAAUAAAUCUUCCUAUGGUUUGGAAUGUAGCCGCAGGAACCAGUCAUGCAUGAAAAACUAAAGAUGUGGUCAUGCAUGAGAAUGAUAAUCAAUGUGUAAAAACACUAAGGGUGAUACCAUACAUCAGAACGAUAUUUGCUAUGUUUUUCAGUUUCAAAAUUCUUCCUAUGGAGUGUAACAGUUAGAGUCAGUCAAGCGUGAAAAACUAAGGGUGCUGUCACACAUAUCAGAACAAUAUUUGAUAUGUUUUUCAGUUUUACUUUUCUUCAAAUGGUUUGAAGUGUGGCAGAGUUGGUCGAAUGAAAAAACUAAAACUGGAUUUUUUUUUUUAUGUGCUGUGUAUUUUGAAAAUAGUAUAGCUGAUUUUAUAUACCAAGUAGGGAGCUAAUGACAUUAUUGACCAUGUGUAUUAGGGAUGGGGGGUUGUGGGGUGUGGGGGAGGCUUCCUAGAUGGCAUGCUGUCUAUAUAUAUUUAUCAUAUUCGUUGUGUAUCCAAUGUAAUAAAAGUAUCUGAUCUUUUUCAGAUCACAUACUUCCAGAAUUUGAUAACUUUGCAAAUUAAAUGUAAAUUAAUCAGGUUGUGGCGCUUCUUUUAUUGACAUUUAAGCAAACAUAUUAUGGAAGGAAAUGAUUUAUUUAACGACGCAAUCAACACAUUUAAUUACGGUUAUAUGGCAUCGGACAUAUGGUUACAACAUACUACGGUGACACUCCACCAGAAUUGACGUAUGAACAAAGACAUGUCAAUAGCAACUCUACACUGAAAGAUGUCCAGUGUUAUGUAAACAAAAAACAACCGUUAUGCACUAAAAAAAUUAGGUACGGAUAUCCGUUGUUCACAUUCAAAAUGACACUGCAUCACAUAUUCAUACGUCAUUUGAAUACUGAGUAAUGGCUUGACUGGAAUUAUAGUAAAGUAGAAAGUUUAAUAAAAAAUAUGUUGUAAUAAGUUUGAGAUUAUAUGAUAAAGAGAUUAUUACCCUU